AUGACGAACAGCGAUCGCCCUCCAAUACCAGAACAUUGCCUAAACAACAUAAGAAACACAGUUGCAAGGUUCCCUAUGCUCGAAUUACCCGCGCGUCAACACAUUGUCGCCGUUCAGCGACAAAUGCCAGCCCGAUGUGAGGCUGGAAACAACUGCGAACACCACAUAGGUGAUGACAGCAGUCUAGUGGCCAUCACUGAUACGAUAAUGGCCGUAACAAUAUCAGACAGCGAUACGAUGGGAUGUGCAUUCUUUUCAACCCAGGACAGUUGUCUUUUCAUUGCGCAGGACGUGCCACUCGUAGAUGCGUCAGUAUUGCAGCAUUUCCUCGAACAUGUACAACCAUCAUCCAUAUUGAUUCCCGCGAGGUUUCCCAACAAUAUGGUCGAUGUUAUUGGUGCUUAUGUCGACAGCUCCUACCUAGCCAUGCACUACUUGAGGUUAAGUGCCAGAUUAGGCUCCAAAGGUUCAGUGUCUCUCACAUGCGCUGGUGCCGUUGUCACUGCGGUCAAUAAACGCAGAGCUGCGCACUCUCAGCAAGAUAUCGGGCUGGCCGAGCUAAUGUACAAGAUUCAAAGCAUCGAGCAGUUCCAUUUGUCCGAAUAUCUAUACAUAAGCUCAUCUUCAUUGUCCACUCUGCAGAUUCUCCAUUGCGAGGUGCAUCCGAACUCGCAAACCUGGCAAACAAAUUUUGGCGCCGCGAAGAAAGAAGGAUUGUCCGUAUACGGCAUGUUUCAUAACUUAGCAUCAACCUCACAGGGCCGCUUACAGCUGCGGAAGUUAUUCCUUCGGCCAAGCACAGACAUCUUUACGAUAACUGCGAGACAUCGAACCAUUUCAAUUCUUUUGCAGCAUCAGAACUCCGAGGCUUUGAGCCAGAUGGUCUCUGCUCUUAGAAGAGUUCCUGAUAUGAUAGAAGUGCUUUCAAAGCUCAGUCGAGGCAUUAGUCUAACCUCUAUGAGCUACUUCUCAAGCGGUGGUUUGUGGGCUGCGUUGGAAAGGUUUAGCAGCAAUGUUAUGGAGGUGCAUAUGCUGACAGGAUCAUUGUCGGGCUGCGAAUCUGCGCCACUUUUGAGAAAUUUACGGGGGCGCUACUGUAUUUUGAGCGGAGUUGACCCGGAUCUCGACCAGCUGAAAAGGAGAUAUGACGGCAUGGAAGAUUUUCUGACGCAAGUUAUUGACAAGAUCAUAGAGAAUACCGCCUCGUGGGCUCGGCAGUAUAUUAGAUCUUGCAUUUUCCUACCACAACUUGGAUUUCUGUUGGUAAUUGAUCUCGACGAAACGACUGGUCAAGGAAAAUAUUCUGGCGAAGGGCAAUCGCACGAUACAUGGGAGAAAAUGUUCACAGCGGAUGGCUCAGUCUGUUACAAGACGAAGCAAAUGCACGAGCUUGAUGAAGCCUAUGGUGAUAUAUACAGCCAAAUAGGAGACAGAGAAGUCGAGUUGUUACACAAACUGGCUUUGAAUGUCUUGGAGUACAGCUCUCAGCUGAUGCUUGCAUCGCAGUUGAGUGGCGAACUGGAUGCAAUCCUAGCACUUGCCUUGGGCGCCCAGAAAUAUGGUUGGACUGAGCCAGACAUUAUCAGGGAUGGACAUACGCGUAUCGUUGGCGGGCGGCAUCCGCUUCACGAGGCAUCCAUGCAGCACUUCAUACCCAACGAUUUCGGCACUCCUGUUGAUGAGGAAGGAUCUGAUCAGAAAUCAGGCCGUGUGUUAGUUGUCACGGGACCCAAUCAUUCCGGAAAAUCUGUUUAUCUAAAACAAGUGGCACUCAUUAUCUAUCUGGCUCACACUGGCAGCUUCGUUCCCGCAGACAAAGCUGCAGUCACAGUUACGGACAAGAUACUAGUGUGUAUUCCGGCUCAAGAAAGCGCAUCGUUAAAUGAAAGUGCAUUCGCUGCUGAUCUCAAAAAAGUAUUACACUCGGUAACGCAAGCAACGAAUAAGAGCCUAGUACUUGUUGAUGAAUUUGGGAAGGGUACCUGCCCUGUCAACGGCGCAGGAUUAGCGGCAGGCUUGUUGGAUCACUUUCUUUCUCUUGGUAGCCGACAAUGUCCCCGAGUUAUUAUUGCGACUCAUUUUCAUGAAAUCCUCGAACUCGACUAUUUCAGCAGCAACGAAGCUCUGAGGUUAGCCCACAUGGAAGUGAAAGUUAAACACGACGACAUUGGGACUGACGAUGAGCCGUUGACCUACCUUUUCUUACUCCAACGAGGUAAAACUUCCUUCAGCUUCGGAGAGCAGUGUGCAACAAUGAACCGUGUGCCAGGAGCAGUUGUAAAACGCGCGGGGGCGCUUUCUUUGAUUAUCGACCGCGAUGGAGACCUUACGGCCGCUUGCGCAACCCUGUCGCAUGCUGAGCAGGUCCAGCUAGAAACCGCAGAACAAGUUGCUAGAAAGUUUGUGUCUUAUGAUUUAAAGAAUUUGGAGUCACCCAAAACAACCCAAGAAGUUAUCGAAUCGCUCGAUGACUUGCUAUCAUAG